UUGGUUGUGGUCGGAGCAAAGGAAGCUAGGAAGGGAUCAAGGAAACCUCUAGCAUCGUAGAGAAACACCCUAGAGGUGUGAAGUCAGCCAACAUACAGCUGUCACAAUACUAAAAGAAUCUUUAAAGGGUCCUUCACACAGCGAGUGUCAACAUGUCUGAGACAUACGACUUCCUGUUCAAGUUUUUGGUAAUUGGCAGUGCUGGGACGGGGAAAUCCUGCCUCCUCCACCAGUUCAUUGAGAACAAGUUUAAACAGGACUCCAACCACACCAUUGGUGUAGAGUUUGGUUCCAGGGUCGUCAACGUUGGUGGGAAAACAGUCAAACUGCAGAUCUGGGACACUGCUGGGCAGGAGCGAUUCCGGUCUGUGACACGUAGCUACUACAGAGGAGCAGCAGGAGCACUUCUUGUGUAUGAUAUUACCAGCCGAGAGACAUAUAAUGCCCUGACCAAUUGGCUAACAGAUGCACGGACACUAGCGAGCCCCAACAUUGUUAUUAUCCUGUGUGGCAACAAGAAAGACCUGGAUGCAGACAGAGAGGUGACUUUCCUGGAAGCUUCACGCUUCGCUCAGGAGAACGAACUCAUGUUUUUAGAGACAAGUGCUCUGACAGGUGAAAAUGUUGAGGAGGGGUUCCUGAAAUGUGCUCGCACCAUCCUCAAUAAGAUAGACUCAGGAGAGCUGGACCCAGAGAGGAUGGGCUCCGGUAUCCAGUAUGGUGAUGCAUCACUGAGGCAGCUGCGUCAGCCAAGAGGCACGACAGCACAGAAUAAACAGCAGUGUAAUUGCUAGGGAUCAGGCGUCCCCUGAGCCCACAGGCCUGCGCAGACAGGACACCUCUUACAGCUCCAGGUGUUUUUUGGUGUGUGUGACACUCAUCCCUCCAGUCUCACACACCUUAGAUCACCUUAAUAAGUGGCUGUGGAAACUACUGCAAUCCCUGACCUCUGAUAAGCUUCUCUACCUGAGGGGGGCAGUUUUGCCCUGGCAUCAGGUCAGACCAAUCCUUCAGCGUGAACAUGAUGGGAUCAUGAAGAAGACCUGUCCUCUUCCCUCGUUUACCAGACAAGGACAAGUCAAGGGUUGUUUGUAUGGGCUUUCCUACUGUUAUUUUGUCUGCUUUUUUCAUUCUGGUUUUAGUAAUCUCAAUAUGCUUUCUGCAUUUGCACAUUAUUGUAAAUUAUUAAGCAAUUUCAAGCAUUUUCAUUAUUCAGCAUCUUCUGAUAUGAUUCAUGAUUAGUUUAUAUGAAUAAAAUCCAGCCUGUCAGUGGUAGUGACUGAAUGAUAGAAAGUCUGCAUACUCUUAAAGGAAAAUGGCUUGCACAGCUUUUGGUUCAGACUUAUUGUAUAGAAAUUUAUACAAGAUGCAAUAUCCUUACAAAUCCUUAGAAAGGUUCCUGCAGUUCUUGUCGAUUAAUUUGCCUAAUUUGAUUUGAAACGUGAAGUUGCUAGUAAGUGGAUUUAGGUCCAUUUCAAUCUGAGGCCCAAAGUACAAAGUCAUUAAAUCUUGGUUUGGUUCGUAUUGCAAAUGCACUGUUAAGAUGUAAAGUAUUGGAAUUUGUAAUAUACUUGAUAUUGUGAAUUUAUGGUAUUGUUGCUUCCAAAAUAUUUAUACAAUUUUAUCAAAGGGAAUGCUUCAUUCACUCCACUCUACACCCACACAGGCAGCCCUGUGGGUCAUGUCAAAAGCACAGAGAAUAUCUUUAUCCGAAGGUCCCACUGCCUGAAGAUUUAGCUUUAUCAGAUUCACACAAUAUUUAAAUGUGUGUCUCUGGACCUGAUACAGUGAAUAUCAGUGCUCUUUUCAAAACAUGUCCAUCUCCUCCUGCUUGGCUUUUUCUCCAUGACCUUAUUUUGACUCAUGUUGCUCUACAUGCACAAACUACACAAAGGACGUCAGAAAACCACCGCUGGCUUUGCCCUCAGUGUUGUUUUUUGGAAACCAUUAGGAUAUCCUUUCACUUCAUGAAGAUUUGAUCAUGGCAGGUGGUAAGAGAUAAUAGUCCUGUUUCUGUUUGUAAGUUUGCAAGUGGUCACUUCUCUUUGUUACGCACUGAAACAGUUCUGCUUUGCUGUCAACUGUCGCUGACUUUGUUGAGCCGACCUACAUAUUUUCUCCUUCGAAAAAAAGAGAAACUGGGAAUUUCCACUAAAACUAGGUUUCCUCUUUCCCUUGAAACACUGACAGCAUAGCUUGUGGUGCUGCUGGAGGAAAAUGGUGUUGGACGUUACCAUUCCAAUUUCCCACCCUUCUGCUGAGUCAUAGGCUCUGCAUCAGUCUGAAUCACUGACAGCAGGUCACACUGACCCAGCCAAGAGGAGAUGAAAACAAACCCGCAGACUUAUUUGUCAUGUCUCUGUCCUUGAGUGUUAGUGUGUGUUCCUCCAGCCAAAACAUAUGUUAAAACCCAAAUGAGUCAGCACACUGAAAGUUGAAAGAGGAGUUGCAUAAACAUGAGACUAUAUAGGAUAUCAAGAGACAGAUGGUCAACACGUUGCUUUUAAAAGAACAUUUGCAUUGUGAUAGUUUGUCUCUUCUAAAGUGCACUUUUUACUUUGACAAUUUCAUUUGUUUAUAUGCUGUAAUUAUAGAAUUGUACAUUUUAUUUUACUUGAAAAGUAAACUGUAAUAAAGAUUUUAAAUGUAGACGUUAUCCUUUCUUACUAAAACACAACUGGGAUCUUUAUUUGUCCUGACAUUGACGGUGUUUGUGGGCUGUAGGUGGCUGACAGCAACUCUGAUCACUCCUGUUUACAGGUUACCAUUUAUAUAUUUAUCAAGUCAUCUAAAACGAUUUAGUACUAUUAAAUCAGAGUUGGCUUGCAUUCAUCUGUAGGUAUUGUACAGUUCAUAAGUCAUCAGAACAGCCAUAUAAGCAUUUUUUUCCCAAUCUGGAUUCAGUCAUUCGAUGAAUGCAAUCCAACUCAGUUGUUGCUUAGUAAAUUAUGUGAUAUAAUCAACCCAAAUACUACUGUACAUCUAUAGUAACCUAUAAUGUAAAUAAGAUUUGUUUAUUGUCUAUUAAGGGUGAGUGUGUUGCUCAUUGAUUGUAAUGAUUAUGCAAUUCCCAAUAAACUGCUUGUUUUUCA